AUGGAUCCCAGAAUUCAACGUAGAGUUCUCCUCUUUCUCGAUCUUGGCAUUUCUCGACAUGUGGACCUUAGUCCCAAAGACGAAUCUGUGGUGCCGGCGCUGAUAUGGCGAAGUGGUGCUCCGAAAAGUGGUACGGGCUCAUUAUGGUGUGCGGAUCUAGAUAUGCCUACAGGAGAAGUCGCCGAGUCUCGGAACGACAAAGUUACUCUUCUCGAGGACCUUCCAGAGUCUAUCGACUUAGACGUUGACAUUGAGACUAACAUUCUCUAUAUGAGUGGCCGAGGCGAAAUGCCUUUCGGUAACACCAUUAGUCGACUCGAUCUCAAUCGAGUACAAGAAGGGUUGGAAACAGAGAUCAUUGUAGAAAGGUUACAUGAAGGUGUGGGCAUUGCUCAUGAUCGAAAGGAGAAUCGUAUUUACAUCACGGAUCUUAUAGGUUCAUUGUACGCUGCGAAUGAGGAUGGCAGUGAUAAGCAAGUUCUGCACCGCGAUGUUACUAAUAUGCUGUCCCUAGCCGUGAUGACUAGCAGCACGGCAAGGAUGCUAGAGUAUAUUAGAGCUGAGCUCACUGUGGAGAUCAUUUUCGACAAUCAAUUGCUCACGCUACAUGGAUCAUCAGUGAGGAUCACUUUCCUUAUCAAUUGCCCUUAA